CUCAGUAAUGGAUGUCUUUGAUUUGGUCUACAGAACCAUGGCAGCAAAUGUGAAAACUGUUUCCCCAAAGAACGACUCUAAUAUAGUUUCUGAUCAAGAAAUAAAGCUUCUCUGCAAAUAACUGCAGUAUCUCAGUAAAUGCAGUGCUGUGACCCCACAGUUAGUCUGAACAAAAAUCUGAACUGUAACCAAAAGACCUCUCUAAUCUUGGGCAACAGUUUCACAUUGGUGUAGAUGACAUCUGAUGAGGAAUUGUGCUAUAUGUAUAUAUAUAUUGAUAGAAAUAACUCCUGCUCAAGACAAUACCAUGCUCUUUUUAAAGUGACAAAUAAAUUUGUGAUAUGCAACUUGGCAAUUAGAUGUCCAAACAGUUCUUGUAGAAAAGAUUGGUUAUGAUAAGCAAGGUUAACUGAACCUUUGAUUUCCGCAGAAGAAUCAAGCUAAUUUUUGGUUUGAAUAAUUGUAAUGCUGUGUUUCGACAGUUUAAACCAUAACUCCAACAAGAUAACCAUUGAUUUUGACUGGAAAAAAAUUAAUCCGGGCAAGUCUGGCAGCUCAUUUUUGCCCUGGGUAAUGGAUGUCUUUAUUUGGUACAAAGAAUCAUGGCAGCAAAUGUGAAAACUGUUUUCCCUAGGGAUGAAUCCCGAAGCAUUAAAUUAGCAUUGACUAAACCAACAUGCUAAUUUUCUAUUUGACCACCAAACAGUCUAAACAAAUCACAUCUGAACUAUAACCAGAAGAUCUCUUUUACUUUGAGCCACAGAAUAAUGUUAGUGUAAAUGACAUCAGGUGAGGAAUUGCACUAUAUUUGGAUGGAAAUAAUUCCAUAAUACACCAGACAAUGCCAUGCUGUGCAUUGGCACUUUUGAAAUUGUCGAAGCCAGUUAUGUGACAUGAAAAUUGCCAAUUUGAUGGCUAAAAAGUUUUGUGACAUGCGAAAAUUCAUAUCUGCCAAAGAGUUGUUGUCGUUGUUGUUGUUUUUUGGUACAGAUAGUUGGACUGUACACUUGAACAUGCAGUGCUGUGUUUCGCCAGCCUAAAAUGUAUCUCCAACAUGCUAAUUAUUGAUUUGACUGGGAAAAACUUGCUCAAGGAUUGUUUGGCAUCUUAUCAUUGCUCCAACUAACUUUCUUUCGACCACAGCAUCUCUAUCACACACCACUAAAUGCCAUGUCAGAAAAACCUUAACUACAAAUAUCUUUACAGUAUGUUAGAAAAUACCAUGCUUUGUUUAGGUACAUUUUAAGCAGCCUAAGCCAGAUCUCCAACAUGCUAAUCAGCCAUUUGGUGCAUUGUGAGAAUAAAUGCAAUAUUGAACUUCACAACUCGACUUGACCAGAUAAUAUCCCUCCAAACAUAGACACCAAGAGAGAACCAUUAGCAUUGCAUGAAAGUGUCUAAUUUGCAUGGUGGAUAAGAAACCCUUCCCUCUUGUAACCUGGCUGACAACAGUAUCAAUGAAUAAUAUUAAUCGUGGGAGAAAUCAAAUCAGCACAUUAGCUGUCCUCCGUUGAGGCCUUGGGAAGCAAGAAGACCAGAGCAGAAUGAUAAUUCAUGUUGUUUUAUCGUCUCAAGUGGCAUUUGGAGAUGGCCGUUGUUGUUUGUUUAAAAAAGGGGUCAGGCCUCUUCAUCUCUGGAGAUCAAACAUCAGAAGGGAGCAGACAAAAGCUUAUUUCAUAAGAGUCUCUGCUACUUCUUUAGAAGGUGAUAGAGCAGAUCCCAGUUGAAACGAGUUGUAGCUCUCGCUCUGGGCUCUGGGAAUACGCGGAAUUCUGCUUCCUCUGCAAGAAUAAUACAACAAAGAACUUGAUUGCACUUAGCCUCUUUCCAUGUUAUCUUCUUCUGGCACCUGCCUGAAUGUUUUUAGUCCAAAUGCUUUAGUGUUUGAAAUCCCUGCUCAUUAGCAACAUGAAAUGUUGCAAACUGAAACAAGACUAAGAAGGCUUUAACCCUUACAACAACACAACUCGCAAAAAAAUGGUGGAAUGAAAGCUUUUCUUCUUUAGAAUAAAAUGCAUCAAUCAAAUAGCAUCCGUUUUGAUCUCAUGGUGACUUUUUAGGCUUUAAACUAGUUGGGCACUUGUGUCAGAUUUGGCAUUGAGAUCUUCCAGGAAUUAGAUGUUUUACUGUGCUUUUAUAGCAUUUGUUCCACGUUUUAACAACACACUUAAGCUAAUCGAAUCACUCCCCAGCCUCUCAAGUGACCCUCUUUGCAAAUGAUUGGUAUCACUGUGGGGCCUAGAUAAGAAUCCCUAGUUUAAGAGCCCAGGGCUUAAUUAGCCCAUCGUAAUUAAAGUAGAAUGACACAUUUAAAAGGGUUUUAGAUAGAAUUUAACUGCACAACUGCUGGACUAAUGGAAGUUAAAGGAGCUGCGCCAUGCAAUGCCACUAAAUUGGAUUUCACAGAUGCACCAUUAUUUCAGUAUCAAUGUCACGCAUGUGUGUGUGAAAUGCAGGGGCAAAGUGUCUCCUACCGUCUUGCUCUGGUGCACAGCUGAGGAAGAGCACACAGGGCUAAAGUCAGUCUUUUGUGUCAGUAGGGAAAUGACUCACGCAGGAAAAGAAAACCACAUCUCUGACAGCGAGAGUAAUUAAGAUUUUUUUAUACCUAGAACACAGACUUUAGGAAGAGGAGGCGUACUGUACAUGGUGUGCAAUUUAAAACUUAAAAGUGCAAUUAGGAUGUUUAUUUGUCAUGCCUUUAACGCCAUGUACUCUGAUUGAGGCAUUAACCUUUUUUUCUCUCUUAAAUGCUUGAAUUUACAGUCUGUUUUUUCCAUCAUGCCUUAUAAAAGGCGACAUAGUAUAUAAUGUAGUUGAGGCACAGCCACUGGGUAUGGAAGGAAUGCUUUGAAGAAAAUAACCUGCCUGAGCUUUGCCUUGAGUGGAUGGCAAUAGCUGCUGUCCAUGGUUCUGAAACCACUGAACAGCACAAGAGCACUAAUACACUAGUCAAAAAAGGUGGACAGGAUUCAUGUUGGAAUUUCUUUCAUCAUUCAAAGCCAGUCCUAAAGAGUGGGAAGGGGAAUUGGUUCAGAGGAUUUUAAAUAGAUUUUGAAUGACAUGCGUACAUGAUUUGAAUUUUGGGUUAACUUGAAAAAUAUUAAAUUAUUGCCAUUGUAAACGAAUUCAUGAGUAUCUUUGUUAUUUUCCCUUAAAAUGUCUAAACAUUCAUAAAACGCAAUAAAAUACUAAUUUGUUCCGUUUUCAGGUGAUGUAUUUGAAAAACAUUGUCCCUUAUGACUGGUUUGUUGUCCAGGGUCACAGUUGUAUUAAAGAUAGAAUAUCUGAAAACAACUUAUACUGUGUUUGGUUUUUAAGUAAAUGUAUGUUGAUUCUCAAUGCAUGGGUCACUCAAGUGUGUAUAACAACUAUUUAAGCAGAGCUAUACAAGUAAUCGCACUGUGUGAUUGAAUUAAAAUAAUAUUCUCUGUACUCGGACAAAUGGAGGGAGGAAAAUGUUCAUUGCACUGUAUGCAAUUCUGGAUAUCAUUCUGCAACCAGAUCCUCACAAAGGUAAGCUGCAAAGUGAACCGCGUUCAUCUCGUGUCUGUCUGAGAACAGCGCGCAACCCAACGGGAGGCGCGAGAGCGCAACAGUUGAUGUGCGCGCAUGACGGGAACGCGCUAUUCUGUUGGAAAAUCGUAGAGCACAAACUUUGCGCUCAGUCUCAGUGCACGGACUUGGAGUUCCCCUCAGGAAGGAGUCAUUUCACUUCAUGUGUUUCUGGUAUUGCACUGGACGCAUCAAAGAUGCGCGCACUCCUCAGGCGUUUGGAGACUCCAACUGGAUGAUGAUUCCGCCGCGCGCUGAAGUUAAUGCAGCCCUAAAGGGAUGAAAGCUCUGCUGUCAUCAUCGCCAGCGGGAAUAGGUUCACAUGAUGACUUCAGACCUGUUGCUGGUUCUCCAGAAGUCCUCGAUCUGACAAUGGUUAACUGCUUCAAUUCCUCUAGCUCCAACAGCACGACCCUCAGCUCGGAUGGGGCUCCGUUCCCAGGGUACACGAUGGUCAUUCUGGCGAUCCUCAUGAUAACUCUGGUGGUCGUGGUGGUGGUCGGGAACGCGCUGGUUAUUCUCGCGUUCGUCGUGGACAAGAGCCUCAGAAAUCAGUGCAAUUACUUCUUCCUUAAUUUGGCUAUAUCAGACUUCCUUGUUGGGGCCUUUUGCAUCCCCGUCUACAUGCCCUAUAUCUUGACGGGCAGGUGGAUGCUGGGCCGUGGACUGUGUAAGCUGUGGCUUGUGAUGGACUACUUGUUGUGUACGGCUUCCGUCUUCAAUAUCGUCUUAAUCAGCUAUGAUCGCUUCUUGUCCGUUACCCGAGCUGUGAGGUACCGGGCCCAGCAGGGCGUCACUCGUCUGGCAGUGGUCAAGAUGUUGGCGGUGUGGGUUUUGGCAUUCCUCCUCUACGGACCAGCCAUCAUCUUCUGGGAACUAAUGGUUGGAGAAAGCAUCGUUCCGGAGGACGAAUGUUUCGCCGAGUUCUACUGCACCUGGUACUUUCUGCUCUCCGCGUCGACCUUCGAGUUCUUCUCUCCGUUCAUCUCCGUGGCCUUCUUCAACUUCAGCAUCUAUCUCAACAUCCAGCGGCGUAACCGGAGUCGCAUGGCGCAUGUGGAGGCCGAGAAGGAGGACGGCUGGAGGGUCAUCGACGGACAGGCAUCGUCCGUUUUCUUCGUCAAAACGCGCAAGGUGUCUUCUAGUGAGCCAGCGACCGUUUCGGCCGUGAUUAAAGAUGAGAAUGAGGUUUCGCCGUCGUCCAGCGGUGAUCCCAGCAGCACCCACUCUGUGUCUUUGACAAUGGAGACAACCAUUAAGAAGCGAGGGUUGCUCAGCAGAUGGUUAAGGACGCGAAUAAUACGAGCGCAGGAGGCAUCAAAUCCGUGCGCGCCAUGCAGAAGCGGAGGACAAGCGCGUCUCUUGAGAGAUAAGAAGAUUGCCAAGUCCUUGGCAGUCAUAGUGUGCGUUUUUGGGGUGUGUUGGGCACCGUACACCCUCCUUAUGAUCAUACGGGCGGCCUGCAGCGGUAGCUGUGUGGAACAUCAUUGGUACGAAGUCACUUUUUGGCUCCUUUGGCUCAAUUCAGCCAUCAACCCUUUCCUCUACCCUCUUUGCCACAGCAGCUUUCGCCGGGCCUUCGCCAAGAUUUUGUGCCCCAAGCGGCAGUCUGUUCGACCACACGAGGAAAGCCCUUCCUGCCAGUGACAAUAUGACAGCAGCUAAAGGGAUUUUAUUCUUUCACACUGAAUAUUGAAGGAUGAAAUAAAAGCACCAAGGCAAGAAAGCGAAACAUUUCCACACAAGCGAAUUCUGUAAUGGAAAUCCACGUCAUUACUUGAUGCAUGUUUUUCUUCUUCUUUGAUGAAACUUCCCAAAAUAAGAUUCUUUAUGAAGAUUUGACCUUUUAUCGAUGGAUAUAAACAGUGCAACUAACAUUGCUGUUGUUAUUUGUCUAUCUUUUGUCUUGCAGUAACAUAGGAAUGGAGUUGUUUCACUCUUGUUAGCUAAUAUAAGUUGCAUGUUCUUGGACAUCUGUGGUGAAAAAGUGAUGCAGCUUGUGUUCACAUCACCCAUAUCAACAUUAUUGAUUGACCGGACAUUCUUCUCCAUGGACACAGUUCAGUGAUGAAGAGGUGAUUUGUGAGACGGCAUUACAACUCAAACGAGAAAGGAAAAAUAUUAAGUGUUUUCUACCAUUAAAAUCAUGAG